CCCGCCCGAGGUGAGCACAUGCUUGUACAUCCCGAUCAGCUUGGAGUUCGUUCCGAUUGGUUGGUAGGCGCGGCGCUGGUUCGUAGGUCUCGGAUCCAGCCAGCGUGGUCUCCCUCCGCCGCCGGAGUUGCUCGUUCCGAUUGUGCUGGUAGCAGCAACUCUUCUGCUGCAGUCUUCUUCGCCGCCAAAAGGAAAAGAUGCUCUACAAAAUCCACUCCCAUGCCCAAAUCCAAGCCCUGCAGGCCCGCUCCGAUGAGCUGGGCCACUCCAAUGACAUGCAGGUGAAUCUUGUCUCUCUGGAGUCGGUGCGCAUAGCGCGCGAGUCGUAUGCACUCCUCUGCCCGCUGAUCAUGGAGUCGAGGUCCUGGGCAUGCCCGGAGCUGGAUUCCCUCUCGGUCGUGGCAGGCUUGUCGCUGGAAAUCCAAAAGCUCGAGGAUGAUGUGUUACCCCAGCUCAUGGUUCAGGAGGCCAAGCUGGAACGGGGCGCCCUGGAAGCCCUCCUACUCAUGAAGAACUCAGCAAUUAAGCUCUUACAUCUGAGUAAGUGCUUUAAGGAAGCCUUGGGCUUAGUGCUUGACGAGGAGGAUCUGGUCUCAGCCCGAGUCGAAGAGCUGAGCAUAGUGCUAAAGGAUAUUGCUGUUCAUGUACUCGAAUAUAAUUGCAACAUUGCCUGGAUUCAGGUGCGUCUCCCGUGGCUGGUCCAGCGGGUCACCGAUGUGUUGGAGACCCCGGUUCGUUUCCGUGAUUCUAAUGAGUACUGAUGAGUAGACUUAUCAGCCAGCUCGAGGCUGUUGUGAUGAGUAUUUCUUAGGGGCGUGGCAAACAGUUUAGAAUCAAAUGCUGCGAUGUAUUUCUUGGACCCUCCUUUAUGUUUGGAUGUGUUAUUAAUGGAUUUUAAAUUAUAUGUAUCUUGGGUAGUGUUUUCUCA